CUGCUAAUGUACGUCAGUGUUCUUCUGUGGUUGUUCUGGCCUCUAAAACAAUGUUUUCCACUUUUCGCUUAUGGCAGUGAAAUAAAGAACAAUUUAUGUUUUGUACACUGUAGCGUAUUUACAAAUUGUGUUGUUACUUCAUUACAUGACAGAAAAACCAAGGCAACUGCCAUCCUGGAUGGCUGUGGAGGAGAAAGUAAAAGUAAAAUCGGAGGAACACUGUCGCGAACAGAGCACAACAAGGAAGAGAACAAAGAAGAAAUUAGCUGGGAGAACUGUUUAUUACUGCAUGAACGAAAAGGAGCUUGUUGAAGCAGCCAUUGCUUAUCUUGGGAACAACGCCACCGGAGAAAAACAAGCUCAGCAGGUGGCGCCGUUUCCUCCACUUCAACAAAUGUAUCAGACAGAACAAAGCGUCACUGUGCCCAGCCAUGUAAAGACUAAGGAUAGCUUUACCAAAGACAAGAGGAUGGUUUUUGAUCUACAGGUCGUAAUGGAGUCGUCAGACUCUGAAGUCCAGGAGAGGACACGUGCAUCAGAGACAGACAUAGACAUUGUUGAGGAGAAAACUCUCCCCUACCCUAGCACCAGCCUCCCAGAAGAGCUGCCAGGGACUGGGGGUCAAAGUAAAGGACCAGGGGAGGAUUACAGGAGCCUGGUGGACCCCAGACUAGAAAGAGAAAAACCAGAGGGACACUCACUGGCACUCUCAACUGCUGCAGACGACGAUGGCCUUCAGCUUGUUCGAGAUAUUUUCUUCACCUGAACUUCCUGUCAACACUGUGA